AUGGCGGCAAUCACGCCCGAAAACGAGUCUAAGAUAGCACACGAUGCGGAUGCGGCAAUGAGCACUGAAAUCGGCCAGGUUCUUCAUGAUGCUGCUGGGAAUGUGGACCAACUUCAGCGACGUCUGUCUAACCGGCAUAUCCAGCUUAUCGCCAUCGGCGGCUCAAUCGGAACAGGCCUGUUCAUCAACAUCGGUAUGGGGCUUGCCAGAGGCGGCCCGGCAAGUCUUCUGAUUGGGAUCAUCAUCCACUGCUGCUUUAUGGCGCUGGUUAACAACUGUAUUGCGGAAAUGACCGUGUUGUUCCCAGUAAGUGGAGGGUUUAUUCGCAUGGCAGACAAGUGGGUGGACUCGGCCUUGGGCUUCAUGGCCGGGUGGAAUUUCUUCCUCUAUGAGGCCAUUCUCAUACCCUUCGAGAUAACCGCCCUCAGUAUUGUGCUACAGUACUGGAGAGAUGAUAUCCCUUCGGCUGCCGUCACAGCAGUGACGAUUGCCAUGUACGGUGUUCUUAAUCUGCUCCCCGUUGGGCUUUAUGGUGAAACUGAGUUCUGGCUGUCGUCUGGCAAGGUAGUCUUGGUGUUUAUCUUAUUCGGUUUCACGUUCUUCACCAUGGUGGGCGUCAACCCCCAACGCGAUGCGUACGGUUUCCGGUACUGGGUCAGUCCGGGGCCGCUGGCGGAAUGGCAUACUGGCGGAGACCUUGGUAGGUUUGAAGGCCUGCUGAAUGUGACCUGGGUUGGUACCUUUAUUGUUGUUGGGCCGGAAUACCUGUCCAUGGCGGCGGCGGAGACGCGUCAUCCCCGGGUUUACGUGAAGUCUGCAUACAAGGCUGUUUAUUUCCGCUUCGGCCUCUUCUUCAUCGGCAGCGCUCUUGCAGCUGGGAUUGUGGUUCCCUACAAUGAUCCAGUCCUGCAAUCCCUUGCACGCGGUGAACAGAGCAGCAGCUCUGCGGCGGCCUCGCCAUAUGUGGUUGCUAUGAAGCAUCUGGGGAUCAGUGUCUUGCCCGAUAUUGUUAACGCACUCAUCUUCACAAGCAUUUUGUCAGCUGGUAACACGUACACUUUCUGCGCGAUGCGGAGUCUCUACGGCAUGGCGCUUGAAGGCAGGGCACCUGGAUUCUUGAGAAAAUGCACCAAGGGAGGAAUACCAAUCUAUUGUCUCGGUGUCACAACGUUGCUCUCGUGCCUUGCAUUUCUUCAGGAAUCGAGAAGCUCCCACGUUGUGCUGCAAUGGUUCGUCAACCUAGUUACAGCUGGCUGUAUAAUCAGCUUUAUCGUCAUCUGUAUCACCUACCUACGGUUCUUCCGGGCGUGCAAGGUCCAGGGCGUUGACCGGAAGAAUUUUCCAUACUAUGCCUACCUCCAGCCAUACGGGGCCUGGCUUGGCCUUUUCUGGACGGUCUUUGUGGUUCUGGGAUAUGGGUACUCUAGUUUCACCCCAUGGAAUGUGGGCACAUUCUUCUCCUACUAUUCCAUGGUCAUAUUUGCGGUUGCUGCCUUUAGCGGGUGGAAGCUGACGAUGAGGUCUAAGCUGGUCCCGUCGAGCGAGGUCGAUUUGGUCUGGGAACGACCAACAGUGGAUGCGUACGAGGCAGUCACCACGGAGAGACCGGUAGGAUUUUGGACGGACAUGAAAGACAUGACAAGGGCUGCUGGAUCUUCCAGGACAAAUGCCCUAACAUAUUGGCAGUGGAUUAGAUAUGCUACUAUAGCGACGGUGACGAGCGCGUUCGAGAACGCCCUCGUCCCGAUUGCGGCCUGGAAUAUCCAUCGACUACGCCAAACAAGCGGCCCAGCCAAUCCGAAGACAAUGCAGCCACUGGCAUUGCACUUUCAUGCCCAGACGUCUUACCUUUGA